AUGUCCGGGCGGCCAGAGGACGUCUACAUCGGAGAUCCCGAUCUAGAGGACUUUGAAAAUUACACAACGGGUGGUUUUCACCCAAUAAUCCUUGGAGACACGUUUCAGAAUAACCGAUAUAGGGUGGUUCACAAGCUAGGGCAUGGUAGCUACUCGACCGUAUGGCUCGCACACGAUCAAGAAUCGGAUCGCUACGUCGCGCUGAAGAUCCUCGGUGCCUGGGACUUCGCGACCAGUAAAGAAGCAGAUAUUCUUCAACGACUACAAAGCCCCGAUGCCCCAAUUAUCGGACAAGAAUUCAUACCUCGUUUGCUGGACCAUUUUACCCUCGAAGGCCCCAACGGGCGACACAUCUGCGUCGUGCUCGAGCCCCAAGGUUGCAACAUAGCUUGUGCGAAGGAUUGCUCUGUGGACCGCUUGUUUCCCGCCGAGACUGCAAGGUCCAUUGCGGCUCAAGUGAUCAUGGGCCUUGCCUUUCUGCACUCCCGAGGAAUUUGCCAUGGCGACUUGUAUCUCAUGAAUAUCCUCUUGCGAGGGUCAAACCUCGACAAUCUUGAGCCACAUGAGCUAUACAAGCGCUUUCGGCUGUACAAGAUCCCCGUCGAAAGGGUUGAUGGUGCUCCGAUCGACGAGCACGCGCCGCGAUACGGUCUGGAAGCCAUGCAAAUCAUAAUAUCAGCCGACAAGCUUGUUGAUCCCAUCGUCACAAUCUCCGAUUUUGGAACUUCUUUCGAUGUCGCUACCGAACCAUCCCCCAAGCUCUGUACACCACCGUACUUCCUCCCGCCGGAACAUUACUUCAAGGAGCAAAUCACCCUCGCCGCAGAUAUUUGGACACUUGGCGUCAACUUGUACGAGAUUAUGGGCACGGGGAUGCUCUUCUUCCCCUAUGCCCGGGAGAAGAUGCUUGCGGACAUGAUCGGCGCGUUGGGCCCCCUACCCUCACGUUGGUGGAACAUUUGGGAAGAGCGCGGGGAGUUCUUUGAGCAAGAUGGCUCCUGGAAACAAGAUGCUGUGUAUGAUGGAUUUGCCCGACCGCUGCACGAUCGCAUGUGGAAUAUGGGACGCGGCAAGACUCUCGAGACGUGCGAGUGGGAUGUCCAGGCAGGAGAGUUGCGGGCGUUGGAGGAUCUGCUGAGGGGCAUGCUGACCUUUGAUCCCGCAGAGAGACUUACUGCCGAGCAGAUGAUGGCUUCGGAGUACUUUGUAAAGUUUGCGAUGCCCGCUUGGGAAAGGCAACAGGAGAGAGCCAAGGCUCAGACGGCCCUAGCGCAGUCUGAUGAGACGGUCUCAACUGGACCUCAGGACGGAUCAGAGAUCUGA